AUGCCCGAAGAGGUCCCCUUUGACCCUGCUACCACUUCUGUCGAGCUGGAAUCGUCCCUCGCCGAGCUCGAGACCGCCCUCUCACCGCUGUUCAAGCAAGAAUGGGCGGCGCAGAUGGAUGGGCUGGACCCGCUCGAGCGGGCCAAGAUGGACGUGAUGAUUGCGUAUACAAUUGUGGACUUGAUAUGGAUCUACCUCAAGAUGAAGGGGGUCGAUCCUGCGAAGCAUGAAGUCUCGUCCGAGCUCGAGCGGGUCCGGACCUACUACGGCAAGAUAAGAAGUAUCGAGAACCCAGAGGAUGACAGUCGCAAGUACAAACUAGAUACCCAGGCAGCAGGCCGGUUCAUCGCACACGGUAUACCACGGAAUCAGCGCGUCGCCCAGCCAGCUUCAUCGACGGACCUCCCAGAAAGCUCAGCCGCGGGCGCAGCGCUCGCGGGAAGGCAAAGAGCAGCGGCAGAGCAGGAGAAGGCGUCGCUUGACCGGCUCGCGAAGUCGGGGAGGAUGCGGUUUAUCCCUGAUCAGGCGGAACGGGUGAUAGUGGGGCAGGCCGGGAGGGAGGGGGCGGGCGGAGAUGACGAAGAAGAGGAAGACGAUGAUGAGGAGCAAGAGACCCAGGGGAAGGAGCAAGAAGUCAUCGAGGAGGUUGUGGACACAGGAACGACUGUGUCACAGGAUGGGGCAGAGGCGGCUGGGGCAACGGGAGAGGCGGUGGACCAGGCGAGGGAUGUCGUUGUGCUGGAAGACUCUGACGAUGGGAAGGGUGGGGGACGGAGAAGGGCGGGUCCGGUCGGGGCAGUGGGAACAGCAGAGGUCAUCGAGAUCUCAAAUGGGGAGGAUGACGAUGAGGACGAGGACUUCCAGAUGCUGGAUGGGCCACCGAAAAGCGGUGGAGAUGACAUAGAGGGGUUUAUGAGGGAGGUGGAUGGGGCUUUGGGGAAGGCGAAGCGGAAAAGAGCCGAGGAGUUCUGA